AGGCUAAAGGAGUGGGGCCAUAUAUAGAGCAACAGAACACAAGCCAGGUUUUAUCCUGCCUGACUGUCCCGCUCACUUAGACCUCACAGGAAACUCCCGACUCCCCCGGCCCUCACACACUCACCCAUUAUCAAUCACCGCACUUUUUACUCUCACACAGUCCCACCGGCCGCACUGAGUCUGACCAGAGAGGAUGGCUGCGUCCAUGUGGAGAAUGAAUGGCCCCUGGAGAAGGAUGGCUGGAGUUCUGGUGCUCUGCACUCUAAUGCUCAGCAAUGAGGUGAUGUGUCAAGAUAACCCAGCAACAUAUGCACCUGCUUCACCCGGAGACGCUGGAGACGCUGCUGUGACAAAUGUCACUGCUGCCCAAGAUGUAGGUGCUACUCCAACCGCUGCUGUCGGUGGAGAACCUGCUGCUACCGCUGCUCCUCAAAAUGCUACAUUGCCAGCAAAGACUGUAAUGCUCACACUUGAUAACAUCCAGGAUGGAGACACCUUAGGCACCACAGGCACCACUGCUGCCCCCAUUGUCGAAGCCAACGUGAUCCCAGAAGUCUCCAACUUUGUUAGAACAGUGGUGCCCGACGUGGUGUGUGUUGGAAAGGAGGACAUUCCAGAAAGUAAUGCUGUCAAGGCUGCGUUGUCAACAGAUGAUUGUGAAGCAACUAAACACAUUAUUCAGAAGAACCCUGCAGGCUGGUGCCACAAGGAAAACUGUAAUCUAAAAAUCUUCCAAGACGGCAACACGGCGCUGGUGGCCAGUGAUGAUGCUAACUUGGCUACUUUGGCUGAAGCACUCAAGAGCGAACAUCUGAAAGACAAGCUGGGCGUGACAAAGACUGAAACCCCGACUUCAUCAGGUUCCUCUGUCUUUGUGGGAAUACUUGUCACUGGUCUGCUUGCUGCACUUGCAAUCACUCUAGGUUACCUCAAAUGCCAACGCAGGACUGACACCAAGGGAGUGAGGCUGGCAGAGGUGGCCUAUCCAGCAGAUCAGGAGAACCAGGGGAACACUCUUGUAUCUGUGGCCCCCCUAAACCCGCCUCUGGAAACCCCAGAGAAACCCAGCGUAAAUGGAGAGACCCCAGAGGCAGACAAGACCCAGCCUCCUCCUCCCACCAACGGCCACUCCACCACCAAGACAGCGGACACCGAGCUGUGAAAUAGUCUACAAAUAAUUGUAGCCCAGGAAUGACCCCCAAAAACACACUUAUUCACACACAGACACACACACACAUGCCUAUGCAAACUCGCCCCCCUUUCUGAAUCCUCUCUUGCCCAACCACAGUAAGCCCACUUCAAAGUGGACAUCAGGGACUAGAACAAUUUACUACAUCAACCCUCCUCUUGUUGUGGUCCCCUUUCCUCCCUCUCUUUUGGCUCGGUGCCUCAAUAAACAUCAGGAAAAACUAGUCUGACGAUGAUGGCGGUGAUGAAUGAGGUUGAUGAUGACGAAGGCUCAGUCCCUGGGUUGUUGACGGCAGUCAGGCUGGAGAUGAGAGACAGGAGAUGGGCAGUUCAGGGUGGGAAGAGAGUGUAUUUGAGCAUUAGUCAGCACUGGUUCCCAUGACGCCUGCAGCCUCUGGAGUCCCAGCCAUGUGCUGUCAACACAAAGCAGGGUCUCUGCAUGUCGUCAAGUAUAAAGCUCCAACCCUCCACUAGUAAAUACAGCAUAAGCACAUCAAUGAAAUUGUUCCUUAGUUGAUUGUAUAGCCAUGACAGACAGAGAGGAAAUAAAUCAAACUGCCUUGAAAUCUGUUUACAAACUCAGAGAGAAAAUACAUUGGGCUCUGAUCUUGUUUGUCUGAUUGAGUCAUUGAUUGUGGAGGUGUGAGAAUGUAUGUGGUGCUUUUAAAUUUAGCAUGCGUGUGUUAGUGUUUACUUGCAUCUGUACUGUGCCUGGACUGUAUGUAUAUCCAUACAUGCAUCUACGCUUCCCUUGCUUACUGUAUCAGGGUUCCCACACGUUAGCUGAGGCUAAACUACAAAGCUAUCUAUCACAACUCCCCAAGACGUCUGAGAGGGCUAAGUUCUGUUCAGGAUCAUAUUAAUUCAAAUGAUAGUUUAUGGACAAGAGUAUUUUGGUAAUGUUGUGGAAACGCUGUGAACACCCCCCCCCCCCCCCCCAAGUCACAACACAUGGUAGCACAUGAAAGUUGGAUGACAUUACCUAACGUUUUUUUCUUCCCAACUUGUUUUCAAUGAUUAAAUAAUGUUAAAUGGGUUAGCAUGUUUGGUUUAGUUGUUAAAGUUGACGUGCUUGCCAGCUUGUUUUGCCUGCAAUGGUUUAAGGUUUGUGAUUCAACUCUGGCUAGGAGCAAUGGUUUCAAAUGUGUGUUGGGCAUUGUUGAGCGAGUUAUAUAAUAAUGAAUGAGAAGCCGAGGUCAAAACAAUAAAUGGAAACAGAAAAAACUGAGUAAAUGCUGGCAAACGGUACUUUUUUUACUUGGCAUGAAUUUUCUCCUCAACCGCAGUGUUUCAUUGUUAGUGUAAAAUGGACCAUGACAUGACAACUUGUAGCGGUAGCUUACAGUGGGAGUGAUUAGCCUUGUUAGAGACUCCACUUUAUAUUACUAGUAAAUUGGACUUAGAUAUAUUGUGUGAUUAACAGAUAAGAGUCAUUAGCGAGAUCCUUGUCUGCCAAACCAGAUCAUCAAUGAAAAUGUCCUGAAAUAAGUGUGGGAACCCUGUGCUUGUAUGAAUGUGCUGUUGAUGAAAAAAGUAUGCGAGUGAAUGAUGAGUCUGAAUGUGACAUUAGCCAUGAAAAGUGUACAAUUUUGUAAAAGUGAUGGCUCACCGAGAUUACCGUGGUGAGAAGAAAGAAGUAUUGAAGUUUGAAUCACAUUAUUCUCUUGAAGAGGGUCAGCCACAAGGAAUUCUCUCAUCUAUCACUGCAAACUGUGGUGAAAUCAAUCACAAAGCCAACAAGCCUCUUGAUCAUGAGACUGACCAACAGACUCCGAUGCAGAGCCUCUUACUGUCAACUCUGCCCAUCCAUUUGUCAGUGUUAUUCUCUCUUCAAUAUACUGUGUAUGCUCUUUCUACUAUCAGUAUUCUAUUGAGCAGUGUGUAUAGUAUGAUGACUUUUUUGUCUUGUUUUUAUUUUGUGAACACAUGUUAUGUUUCUUCUGUGUGCCAAAGAACUUAAUUUCAUAUCUUAUGUUGUGCUAAAAUAUGUACUUCUGUUUCACCUUUAUAACAUUUGAUCCAGGACAUAUAACUCAAAGAAAUAUGUCCACGGGCUGUUAAAAGGAAACAUCUAGCGGCCAAAAUCGGUUUAUUUGUCCUGUAAAUGCAGUUUUUACUGACAUACCGGAGAUCAAAUACUGAAGGAAACUGCAAUAUUUUGCAGUUGAACUGGAACAAGGAAAAACAUUCUGAUAUAUAAAUUGAUUUCUCCUUUCAAUUAAUUUUGUAUCUUUUCUUUGCUAACAUUCCAAUGUGACUGUUUCAUUUUACUAGCAGCCUGCAGUUUAAAUUUGAUUAAAACAUGAAGAAAAUAAAAAGCGAAAGGUGAA